UCUCUACCCAAGGACAACCUCUCUACUCAACAGCCUACACGAUGUGUGGUAGCUACUGUGGAAACUACUAUGGCGGCUGUGGCUAUGGCGGCUGUGGCUAUGGAAGCUGUGGCGGUCUGGGCUAUGGCUAUGGAGGCCUAGGUUAUGGUUAUGGAGGCCUGGGCUGUGGCUAUGGAGGGCUGGGCUAUGGCUAUGGCUGUGGCAUCCGCAGACUGGGCUGUGGCUAUGGCUGUGGCUAUGGAUACGGCUCCCGCUCUCUCUGUGGCUGUGGCUAUGGAUGUGGCUCUGGCUGCGGCUCUGGCUUUGGAUACUACUAAGGAGGACAUCAUGCGAGAUGCUCACCCUCUCCACCUGUGACAUCAGGAUUCAUUGACUCCAAACUCCACAUGUUCGAGUCUCACACUUGGAUGAUGAUGAUUCUGCCUAGGGAGUCAGAUGUUGGCCUAUAUGGAAACUACCAUUUCCCUGAGUUUACCUCCAGAAGUGGGUCAAUGUCUCAUGAAAUUCUCAUGAGACCUCACAGUUGUGCUCUCAUCAGACCUUGGUGUCAGAGCAACUGCCUUGAUGACCUUCAAAAUAGAGGUUGUUCUCUG